AUGGCGCCGCUGGGGGGCUCUCCAAUGGGAGCACUGGGCUUCGACUUCGAAGCGCUGGAGCUGCUGGGCGGCUCCCCAAUGGGAGCGCUGGGAUUUGACUUCGAUGCGCUGGAGCAGGUGGAAGCCACCAAGGCGCCAGCGGCGCUGUUUCUGCCCCUCGCCAGCGCCAAGAGCUGCAUCUUCGAGCAUCUCAGCCUAGGCUCGCCGGUGGCGGAUGGCCCACUGCGGGGCAAGAGUGCGCCGGAGCUGUGGCAGACCCUGGAGCCUCCCACGCCCACCCCCUUUCGCGCCCGCCACUGCUUGGACACCCCGAGCACCGAGACCUCCGGUGAUUUCGGCCUCUCACCCAAGGAGCACCCCGAGGAUGGAUCGAAGCAGACAGCCCAGAAAAUGCGACGGGUCAACAUCAGGCCGCCGGGCAGCCGCCUGGCGAUGCUGGUGAGCGGCAGCCGUGGGGACGUGCAGCCCUUGCUGGCCUUGGCCAAGCAGCUGCAGGGCCGGCACCAGGUCCGGCUGCUCACCAAUACAAACCAUGCAGACCUUUGCCAGCGUCAUGGCAUCCAGAUGGUGCCUGUCUUCGCAGACAGCCAGGCCUGCAUGGAGCGCAUCGGCGGCGUGGCGGGCCAAGGCCUCACCGCGUCCCUGCGCUGCGUCUUCCAAGGUCAGAAGGCCGCCAAGCAGUGGCUGAGCGAGCACCCGGAGGAGUGCACCGCGGUGGAGGACGCCCUGGAUGAGUUCCGCCCAGAUGCAGUGCUGACCAGCAAUGAGGCCUUGCCACUGGGCAUCCGCUACGAAACGGCCACGGGUGUGCCUUGUGUCUACGCCUGUUACUUCCGCGAGAUGCUGAAUUUUAACCGCAGCAUCUUUGAGAUGACGCCGCCUCGCCCCAUCUUCUUGGCCAGCAGUCCUUUGCUGGAGGAGGUGCCGAGUUGUCCGCAGCUCACACACGUUGGGCCAUGGCUGCUGGAGGACAUGCCGACCAAGGAGGACUUGGAAGGCCCCCUGGCGCAGCUCCAGCAGUUCCUGGCCGCCUCCAACGCCCCACCCGUGGCGGUCUGCUGGGGCUCCAUGAUCCCAGAAGGGAUGGAGCCCUUGCAGAUGCUGCGCUUGAUCCUGAACAGCGUCGCACCCCGCAGGGCAGUUGUGGUGGGAGGAUAUGCAAAGCUGCACGAGUUGGGGCUGCGGAUCCAGCGCGGGGAAGACUUGGUGAGCCGGGAGGAGGCCGAAUACGCGCGCUGCGACUGCUGCUUCGUGGAAGAUGUAUCACAUGAGUGGCUGCUGCCGCAGUGCAUGUGCCUGGUCCACCACGGGGGCGCCGGCACCUUGCAGAGGGCGCUGGCUGCCGGCAUCCCGUCGGUGGUGACGCCCAUUUUCGCCGACCAGUUCGACAAUGCCAAUGCUGUGACUCGACUGGGUGCGGGCGUGGGAUUCACGAAGCCCCUGCAGCAGGUCACCGCGGACAGCCUGGCCCGAGCCAUCGCAGCCGCGGAGACCUACAGAGGGAAUUGCGCCAACUUGGCCGCUGAGCUGUCCCAGGACGGUGCCACCCAGGCCGCCGGCGUGCUGGACACCUUCCUGCGAGAGGUCUCGAGCGGCUUUGCAGAGGUCUCAGAGCGCCCACGGGCGCCCGGGCCACGGCUCGGCCCCACGGCGAUCGAUCCCAUGUCCCUGGUGCUGCCGGCGCCGAGGGAGCGGCUCUUGGCCGAGGACAGGGGCGACCAGAUCCGCGGCUUGCCUGCCGGCUGGGUGCCCUGCCGCACGGAGGAAGGGGAGGUCUACUACCACCAGCCGAGCCUGGGGAAAAGUCAAUGGCGGCACCCAGCGGCCGCAGUGGAAGCGGCAGUGAAGAAGCAGUGCUCGGCAUGGGGCGCGGCGAUGACGGGGAAGGAGGAAGAGAUCCCAGCAGUCCACUCCGUCUACGACGCUCGCAGCCGCCACGUGGACCUGCCAACGCCAAACACGCUCUUCACGGACUGUGUGCAGGUGGUCCGGGAGGACCUCACUGGCCGGGCAUUCGCCCUGCAUGGCUUGCUCUCCACGGAGGAGGCCGCGUGCUACACCGAAGCCGCGCGAGCCAGGGGCUUCGAUCAGAGCGAUGUGGCAAGAGAGUUCCCCAGCUAUAUGCGGAACAACUCGCGGCUCAUUCACUUCAGCGACGCUUUGGCGGGAGCUUUGUACAGGCGAUUGGCUCCGCAGCUGAAGCACCGGGACAUCUACUUGCUGCAGCCCAUGGGCUUCGGCGCCGAGGGCCGGUGGAAGCCUACGCAGGUGAAUCCUUGCUUUCGCAUCUCGCAGUACAAGGAGGGAGAACACUUUGCUCCACACUGCGACGGUAUGUACGCCAACGACGCGGAUGAGUGCAGUAUCUAUUCGCUGGUGCUGUACUUAAACGACAACUUCGAAGGCGGAGAGCUGGCCUUUGAGGACGGCACCAGCUUCGUGCCGCGCGCGGGCAGCGCCGUGCUCUUCCCCCACGACCUGAAGCACUCGGCCGAGGCCGUCACCCAUGGAGCAAAGUAUGUCGCCCGCAGCGAGCUGAUGUUUCGCUGCAUCGAUCGGCGGCCAGCUCCAUCAAAGCCCCAGUAUGCAGAGGACCCUUUGUUCCAAAAGAUGGCCGCCCUCUACGAGCACAUCGGGGACUUGGCCGCUUUCGGGGACGCGGAGGCAACUACCAGCGCCUACCAAGAGGCGCUGGGGAUUCAGAUUGCACACCAGGGCACGGAGGUCAAGACGUCCCGGUCUAGGCUGGGGUUGGAGGACAAGACCUGGGAGACUGUGAUGAGCUACCUGGAGCCGUUCGAGGUCUGUGGGCUUUUCGCGGUCUCAGUCAGAUGGCGUGCUAUCUCUUGCGGUGGUGCUUUGUGGCGGGAUUUCUUCAGGCGUCGCUGGACCACUAGCGAGCUGAUGCAAGGUGACGCGUACGACUUGGAUCCCGAGCUCACGGACUGGUUGGGCCUUUACCGGCAGCAGCACCUGCUGACGACCCAAGCACCGGUGGCAGUCUUGUUCCUGGGCUCUUGCCUCCAGAGCUGCCACUUCGACCCAGUGCCCGCAGUGGCGGAGCACGACAACACGGGGGUGGGCUGGGACCGGUCCUUCAAGCAGCGCGCGGGCUGGGAUCUGCUGGGGGCCGGCAAACGGCCGGGCUUCGGCCUGGAGAGGCGGAGCUGGUUCCAGAAAGAGGUGGAUUUCGAGGUGCUCCCCGAGAUCUUCGCUUGCGCCUUCCGGAAGCUGCCGUGGCUUGCCAGCGAGCAGCACCUGGUAGUGCCGAUGGUGCCAGGGGUGACAAGUGUCGCCUACGACCGCUUGGCCAAGAUCCUGCAUCGUCGCUUUCAGGUGCCUCGCCUCUCCUUGGUGUCAGCGCCUCUGUGCGCGCUGGCGGCUCAUGAGCUGCGCAGCGGCGCCGUCGUCUUCGGGUCCGAUUUGGGCACCUCGGCCAUUUUCUGCUACCAGGAGCGCGUGGUGGUGGCGGAGUUGGGGCCCUUUGACUUUUUCAAAGCCACGACGCAUCAGAUUGCCGACCUCCUGGCGCAGGCGAAGACCCAGCUGCAAGGGUUUCCCGAUGUGCUGCAGCAUGUGGUCCUGUCUUCCCAGCCGUUCCUCCAGGUAGCAGAGCGGAGCCGCCUUAUCGUCAGAAAGAACUUCCAAGGCUGGGCGAAGCCCGAGGAGCUGCAAAGAGCGCUGAAGGUGGCGGGGCUGGGGGCCACAGUCCACGGCCCUGAGCUGCGGGAUGUAGUGCGGGGUGCAGAGGUUUUGGCGCCGGAGCUGCCAGAGCAUGUGGUGCCCAGUUUGCCGCAGAGCUGGGAGUGGCGCGUCUUCGCGCAAGGCCAGUGGCAGCCCUUGCCCAGCUACGUGGCGGCGGUCUUCGAGGGCGCCUGGCGGAACCGGCAGACGCUGGCCACCGUGCAGGUCAUGGCCAACUCCCACGCCUACCUCCUGGCGGACUUGGAGGAGUGGACGGUGCAGUGCUGCAAGUGCUGCAAGCCGAUGAGGCUGCGUGGCAUGGCAGGCAAGACUUCGAAGGAGGACUUCAAGCCUCAAGGGAGUGUCAGCCGCCUCACCCGGUUCCUCCGGGGCCGGCCCAGCGCGGACCCGGACCUGCGCCGCCCGGAGGACUUCGACGUAACGACGUCGGAGGUCCAACAGGUCUCAGGCGGCGGCGCGCUGCACGUGCGGAGCUUGUCGGGGAAGCUGGUUUUCUCGCAGCGGCGCCCGCUGGAGCUGUCGGCUGUGCUGAGCAGGUGCGCGCAGCAGCUGAAGGUGGACGUUGAACGGCUACGGCUGCUGGAUGGCGCUGAGGAGGUGGAUGAGAAGCGCUUCCGCAGCCUAGAGGAGCAAGAGGAGCAAGCCAUCGACUUGCAGCUGGUGGUGGGCCCUGCGCUUCCCAAAAAGGACAAGUUCCAGGAGCAGAUCCCCGAAGAGUUGCCCGGGGAGAAGCUGGGCAACUCGCAUCCUCUCCUCAAGGCCGUGCGAACAGCGCUGCAGCUGCGGGGCCUUGCAUAA